AUGAUGGCGAUGACGAUGACUGGCCGUGUGCUGCUGGUGUGUGCUCUCUGCGUGCUGUGGUGCGGUGCCGGCGGAGUGUGUGAUGAAGGACAAGAGGCCGGUACCCUUUCGCCGCCUCCUGGGUCUGUGCAUGGUGAUCAGGGGGGCGUGUUGAGUGGUAUUGGCCGUAUGAAGCCUUCUGAUAUUGAUGGACAGGUGGCUGUUGAUGGUGGUGUGAGGGAUCGAGAGGAAUCUAAACACCUUUCCAGCCAUGUCCCUUUGGUUGAUGCGAAGGAUGUGACUCCAGCUGGUAUUGGCGGGGCGGGGAAUGGUGCUGUGGAGGAAGUCGCUCCAGAAGAAAAUGAGUCGCUUCAGAAUAGCUGCGAUGAGGAUGGAGAAAUGUCAGAGGGUUGCGUUAAAGUGCAAGGGAGUAAUGGUUUCCCGGGGAGUGGAGGCGGCCAUGUGGAUCGCGGGAGGCAGCAAGAUGAUCGAAACCCGCCGCUGCCUUUGUCAGAUCAGACAUCCUCAGAGGAAAUAAACUCACCGUUACCGGCUGAGGGAAAACCAAAAAAUCGGCGGCCGGUGUCACGCCAAUUACCGGUGGAGGAGGAGCAAACGGAUCCAGUCAACAUUCGACUCCAGGAAGAAGCGGCGACACUCGAAUCAGAGGCCGUGCGGAAUGUUGCCAGCAGCCACAGUCAAGAGAGUGCCGCUGAGUUGGCCAACGGUACUCUGCCAGCUCAUGCAAGAGUGACGGAAGCAGAAGACCGAUCCAAACAUAUUGUUGAUCCUCACAAGGACGCUGCGGAAAAACAAAAAAAGCCCGUCCACACCACUGGGAAAAGUAAAUCAACAGCAGCGUCUGGCGAUGCGCACAAAACUACCGCAUCACCUGCGGCAGUGGACAAUGAAGCUGCCAUCAAAAAGGCAAAGAGUCCUGGUGACGCAAGCAGCCUCACAAGCAUAAGCGACAACUCCUCAAACAAUGACACCGAACAGAACAAUGCGAGAGACACAAGUGAAGAAGCGUCACACAGCACGGAGAAUGCGGCCACUCACAGUGCAGGAAUCCCAAGAGCACCAAAUACCACAGCCAAAACAGAUGAUACGGCGACGCAAGAAGACAGCAACAGUGACGGCAGCAACGUCAAAAUGGGUGAGGCAGCACCACAAACAGCAGGGACUGCUCAACCAAAUGAUACGGCGACGACAGGCGAAAGUGACAGCAGCACCGCGGUCUCCCACACCACCUCCCCUCUUUUGCUUCUUCUUCUUUUUGCGUGUGCGGCUGCUGCUGCGGUGGUGGCCGCGUAA